AGUCUGUCUACAGAAUCAAUCUAAACAAAUUGCAACAGAAAAGAUUUUUUAUAUAUCAUAUGAGAUUAUCAUAGCACAUUACUGUUACAAAAGUCUAACAAAAUCGUACGGUCGGAAAUUGGUGAAAAUUGAAAAUAAAAAUAUCGGUGAUGUGCCUGCCGAUUCAUGUCAGAAAUGGUCCGCCAUAUUGACAAAGGGAGAAGACUCUUGCAUAUGUGAAUUUAUAGAAACCAACUGAGAAGCUGAUAUCACUGAAAGAAUCGUUUACAUAAAUUUAUGUUAUAAUAAAAGUAUGCUGGUAAGUGUUUUUUUAACAUACACUUAUGUUUUACGUGUAUUUAGAUAUUCGAAAAUGCGUCAAGAAAUGAAUUAGACAUACGAAAGUUCUUGACGCAGGUCAAACGACAAAGAUCACUUAAUGUUUGUUUAUUUCAAAGAAAAUAAAUAAAUUCAACUACCUUUACAUAAAAUCAAUUAAAUUUAAACUAGUAAAGUCCAAAAUAUAGCAAUAAAAAUAAUUUAAAGGGACGUAGUAAGACUCAUCCCUAACGAAAAUAAAAAAGUAUGGAACGCCAAAUUAACAAAAAUGGACAGAAAAAAUUGCAAUUUUGUCGAUUUUGAACUAAUUACUAUAGCCAAAGCAUUUAUUCUUAUCUUCUAUUGCAUUUUCUUUAAAUAGAUAAUUUUAAAUAAUUGUUUCCUUCCUUUUUUAAAUGAAUUAUUGUCGAAAAUAACUAUUUUUAAAUUUUAUUUCAGCUUUCACUUGAAGAAACCUAUAUAUGUCCGAUUUAGCGUCAUGAUUUUACUGGAGCUAACCACAGUCACUGUGCUAAUUGUUAAGGACACGGAUAAUUUUUAAAUCAGCUACAUCUAUACUAUGGAGAAAUGUAUUGUGUGCCUAAAAGAUGACCACCCAACAACACUGAUCAAAUUGCGACAAAAAGGUUGUCUUGGAAUCAUCAAAGCUAGCCAGGAAAGAGGAGACUGUUUGUCCGCAUUAGAGGGUAAUUUUGUCCAUCAACUCUGCAGGAAAACAUAUACCAAUCCAAAUGACAUAAAGAAAUACAAAAAAGAAAAACUUGUUCUGAGAGAAAUUAAUACAAAUACUCCAAAAUUACGAUCAAAGUCCCAUUUUGAUUUUAAACAUCAUUGUUUAUUCUGUGGAAAUGAAGCAACAGACGCCAAGAAAAAAGACAAAAAUGUAUUUCAGGUUCGAACUGAUGAUUUUGAGAGUCGCAUACAAGAUGCUUGUGAUCUUCGGAAUGAUCAUUGGGCAGCCGAGGUUCGCGGAAGACUGGAGAGCGUAAGCGACCUCCAUGCAGCGGAUGCUGUUUAUCACCAGGCAUGUAGUGUAAACUUCCGCACGUGCAAAACCACUCCUGUAUUCCGUUCCGUUCCCAUAUCACCAGACGCAAAGCCUGAAAACAAAAGAGGAAAGCCAGCUUUGCAAGAAGACGGCUUCUACAAAAUAGUCGACUUCCUUAAACAUCGCGCAUGACGACGAACAGAUUUCCAUAUCAGAUCUUGUUGAAAAAAUAGACGAGAUAUGUGAUGGGAAUGCUUAUAGUCAGAUGUAUUUAAAGUAAAGAUUAAAGCAACAUUUCGGAGACGAAAUCAUUAUUACAGACAUACCUGGUAGAAAAAGUGUUGUAACUCUACGUGAAACCGUGACUUGUAUUCUUCAGGACUAUUACCAGAGACCAAGCAAUUUAAAUCCAGAUGACGAAAAGAGAGCUUUCAUCAGAGCAGCUGCCAAACUGAUAAAAAGCGACAUCCGAUAUGUAGAUACCACAAAGUCUAUCUAUCCAACUCCAGCCAACAUUGCAUCAGUUGAUAAUAAUCUAUCAUACUUACCCGAAAGCCUGCUGUUAUUUCUUUCUAAUAAAUUUUCUGAGAAAGACCCAUCGGUGAAAAUAGCUUCCAUAGGACAAGCAGUAAUGCAAGCCUCACGACCUCGAGCACUUAUAACACCGCUUCAACUCGGUCUAGAAGUACAGGUGCAUCACAACUUCGCUUCACGAUUUCUUGUGUCCACAUUGAACAGCUUAGGAUUUUGUUCCUCAUACUAUGAAGUUCAGAAGUUUGAAUCAAGUGCUGCAGCUGUACAAGGAGUUGACCUUCCAGGCGAUAUAAGCAACAGCUUUGUACAAUUUGUAGCAGAUAAUGUUGACCACAACACAAGAACAAUAGAUGGCCUCAACACUUUUCAUGGCAUGGGCAUAAUAGCUGGAAUAACGCCUGUUACGAAGAGAACACAACCCAUUCCUAGAAUAGCUUUUUCUACUGACAAAAUAAAGAUUUGGGACAUAACAGAGACAAGGAGAAAAAUUGAUCCACUUGUUUGCAAUAUUUUGCCAUUCAUUCACGCCUUUAGCGGAUGCGACACAACAUCUCGUAUUUUUGGUCAAGGCAAGGGCACUGUUUUCAAGAAAAUUAGUACUAACAUUAAACUACAAGAUCAUGCAGCUGUCUUUUGCCAGGAGUCCAAUGUUGAGAGCAUGCAUAAAGCAGGAGAACAAAUAUUUGUUGCAUUAUAUGGAGGGUUACAAGAUGUUGAAACAUUAGAUAUGCUGCGUUACAGAAUAUUUGCCUCUAAAGUUUGCGUUGGAAAUAUAUAUGUACAAGUGCACACUCUCCCACCAACAUCUGACGCUGCUAAGCUACAUUGCAUGAGAGUUUAUCAUCAAACGCAAGUUUGGAUUGGGAAAGGUGAUAAAUAAGAUCCAAAGGACUGGGGUUGGCAUGUUGAGGACAAUAAAUUGCUUCCAAUUAGAGCAUUACUACCACCGGCUCCCGAAAUCUUCUUAGGAUAAUCCGAUGUAAUUGCAAAUUGAAUUGUGACACAGAACGAUGCUCAUGUCGUAAACACGGAAUAGACUGUUCCCCAGCAUGUGGGGAAUGUCGGGGAAUGAAUUGUUCCAAUACAAGUAACAUUACAGAAGCCGAUGAACUUUACGAUAUGUGAAUGCAUCAAUAUGCAUGUACAUUGCAGAGACAUUUAACCAUACAUUAGAAAGACUUAUAUCAAAAUUGUCUGUUUUUUAAUCAAAACAAAAUCAAAUAAUUUCAAAGAUAAAUUUUUCAGAAAUUGUAUUUACCAUUCUAAUACUUUUUGAUGAUAACAAAAGUAACCAAGUUAAAACAAAGUAAUCAGUUAUUGAACAGUUUAGGCAAUUCAUAAUAUUAAUUCAAUGAAUGUUGUAACAAAUCUAACAUUAAUACAUUUUAUUUAGAAAUUUAUUUCAUUUUUAUUUUGGGGAGGGGUAAUUUGGGGCUAAUUUCGAUGACAGAUAAAUAGAUUUUCAGUAAAACUACUGUUUGUUUUCUAUUUCCUAUUCGCAAAUAAUUGUACAUAAUUGUGUUUAAUGUUUUUAUUUUAAAGCUGCCUCAAAAUAAAACGUUUGAAAACAGCCAUCUAUGAAUCUCAAAUAUAUCGAUUUUUUGGCAUGUUUUGGUGAUUUUAUCAUUAAAAGUGUUAAUUCUACCAAGAAGUUUUAACUCUGGAUUGUAAAUUUUACUUCGGAAAUGUUCUUUGUAGUUAUUUUAGUCAUCUUAAUUCGUUUUUGACAUUUGAUUGGCUAACAUAGUGCUAAAAUUC